GUCAUUGUGCAUUGUUGACUUUGCGAGAAAAUAUUGUGCUUUGAGUCGUCAAAUUAAAAAGAUUUAAUUUAUAUUUUAAGGAAUAAAGCUUUAGAAACUUUCUCUUCUAACUAUGUAAAGAUGGAUCUUUUUAUGAAAGUGGGCAUUUCUGAAAUUGGAAAUUAUCAAAGAAUUAGUUGACAUAAAUAAUACUAGUUCCCAUUAUGCUCUUACAUAAAGAAAUUGAUAACAAAUUAUAUAUAUUUAAGUCACAUUGUGUGUUUAAAAUUAUUAUGAAUGUAUAUGCGUAAUUAAAAUCGAAAACUAUGUCAGCUUGUGCUGCAUAUGGUUGCAAAAAUAGACCACAUAACAAAAUACCUGGAAUAACUUUUCACAAAUUUCCAAAAGAUAUAUCUUUAAGAAAUGAAUGGCUUUUAGCCUUGCGAAGAGAAAAUUUUCGUCCUACAAAAUAUAGUCGCUUAUGCUCAGAGCAUUUCUCUGAGGAUCAGAUUGACCGUACUUCUUUGGCUUGUGUUCGCCUAAGAGCAAAUGCUGUUCCAACUAUUUUUAAAGGUUAUCCCAAGCAUUUGCAAAAAAAGUUAAACCAGCUGUCAACUGAAAAUGAAAACAUGAUGGGUCUCAAAAGGAAGUGUACCGUUGAGGAGGACGAUGAAGAUUACAUGAGUGAUGAAAGAAUAGAUGAGCCUGAUGAAACUAAUACUCAUUCUGAGGCUGUAGAACAAAUUAACAGUUCUGGCACUUUCCUGAUUGAUAAAAAUUAUACAUCUGAAACUUCAAAUAGCACAAAUAAAAAUGGACUUUCUUGCCAUCCAAAUAUAAUGAGAAUUAUUCCAGCAAAUACUUCCCAAGAUGUGGCUGUUUCAACAUUAUUUUCAAAUAAUAAUUUGGAUCCUGAUAUUAUUGAUGCUUUGACUGCUUCAUGUCAAGUUGACAAUCCCUCAACUCCUGAUUCAAGUAAUUCUGAAGCAUUAACUGAAUCAAAACUUUCAAAUGAAAUAAAACUUCAAAGAAGAAUACAACAGUUAGAAAUAAUGAAUUUAAGGUAUAAAAAGAAAAUAAAAAUACUUCAACAACAAAACCGUAGACAAAAGGCAAGGAUAGAUACUUUACAGAAUCGAAUUAAAGAUUUAGAAGCAAAUCGGACAACUGAUGAUGAUCUAUCAGAAGACUGCAUUUCUGAAGAUGAAAUAUAUGAAGAGCUUUUAAGACAUCAGAUGGAAAAUAAUGAAAACAGCAGUUGAUAUUUUCUUUUCUUUUUGUUACAAUCACAGCAUAAAUUUAUUGUGUUUUUUACGAGAUUAAUUUAUUAAGUUUUUUUUUUCUGGGGAAUUGAAUCUUUUAAAAGGAAAAAAAAUUGUUAUAAAUAUUGGUCUAAUAUCAUAUAAUAAUGCAGUUAGUACUAUACCUGGAGUUAUACAGAAAGUCCCAAAUUUGGGAUCAGUUGAGCUUUAAGAAAUUUUGUAUUGUGUUUAUGAAAAGCAAUACUGAAAAUAUUCUUCGAAACUUUUGUAUUAGACGUUGAAAAGUUGCUAUCUUUAAUUCUUAAAUUCUGUAGGAUUUUAAUUUCUUUAAUUAUUUUGAUGAAAAGGUAGAAACUUGACAUUAAAAAUUCACCCUUUGUCUUUGUGUCACAAAUGAAAAUAGUGUAACAAUUGAUUAACAGGAAUUUAGAAUACGAUGAAAAGAAAGGGAUAUUUUAAAAACAGAUGAAUAAGUAAGUACAAAUAUAGAGAGGAAUUUCAAUUGUCAAACCAUCAACUUUUGUCCAAAAUAUUUUUCAUGCUAAUAAUUGAAAUCUUUUCCGGUCUUAGAAUCCAUGCAACUUUAAUAAUCAAAAUUAAUAUACUUGAUAGCAAUUUUUUAAUUAUCUAAAUUUCAUACUUUUUAAGUAACUAGCCUAAGUUGAAGUACAUGUUUAUGCAAUGGCUUAAUAAACAUUGCCUGUACUUAGUUAAAGUUUGAAAUGCACACUACAUGAAUAGACUCAUCCUGAACUUAAAGAAUCCAGAUAUUUUACAAGCAUUUAUGCUUUAAAAUUCAGGUAAGUAUGUUUUAUUACUUUAUAAAAUUUAUGUGUAUAUAUUUUAAUUGUUAUUUAUUCUAACAGUCUUCCCUAAAAAAUACCAAAACAUUUUUUUAAAAAAAUAAUAAUUGCUUGUGUAAUUUUAUGCUUUUAGUGCUCAGAUUUUCUUUUCGUAUUGUGUUUAUCUAUAAUACAAAAGGUGAAUAUGUAGAAGAAAUGCAUCAUAAAAUUUGAAAUAAAAAACGUAAAGCUAUUUGCAGCUUUUGGUCUUUCAUUAACCUGCUGACAGAUUUGGUGCUCCUUAGAGAAAUGUAUUCCUGAAAGUUUAAUAUUGUACAAUUUUCAAAAAUGUAUGUUUAUCAAGUGUUUAUUGAAUAUGUUUAUGUGCGCUUUUGAUAAUUUCUAAUUAUCUAUGUUUUAAAUUUUAAUUUCCUUAUCAUUCAAAUUCAGGCUCCACUUUAAUUCCUGAGUUGUAAAAGUUUUUAUUUUCUCAUAAAGCUCCUUAAGGUUUGUCAAACCAAAGUACUGUGUGGAUCAAUUCUUUUUUUAAAGCUAAAUAAACUCAAAAUGUUAUUUCUCAUGCUUUUCUUCCUGCUCUCAGCUUUCCUAGUCAGUUUGCUGAAAUACUCAUUAUGGUUUUUAAAAAGAAAUCUUAAUAAAAGUUGAAAAUUCAAUUAUUUGCUUAAAAUCUUAAAAAAUAAAUUUUUUUAAUCAACUUUGCAUUUGUUUCUUGAAAGAAUGUUUUACAUACAUGUAUGUAUUUUUGAUGAAGUGAUGCAAGCUUAUAAUCACUUAGCAUGAUCAACAGUGUUAUGGAAAGAGAAUUAUUUUUUAAAUUGGAAAUAAUUUUAUAAUAUUGUGUGAUAUACUGAAUGCUGUGUAAUGUCUUGAAGAUAUCACUGAAAUGUUGUAGCGAUUCUUGCUUGCUAUUAAAGAUCAAAUGGACAAACAGUACAAUAUAUUUCCUACAUGAAAACAUAUGUUUUAACUGUAUCAGUUACACUUUUAUUGCUUUCAAGAACUAUUUUAAAUUAAUUCUCUGAAUCAGUUCAGAUAAUUAAUUAUCUAUAUCAGUUGCACGUUUAUUGCUUUCAAGAAUUAUUUUAAAUUAAUUAUCUGAAUCCAAGGUGUUUUGAAAACUCCCAUGCAGAGUCUUUCUAAAUGAAUUUUCAUAUUUUUAUGAAAGUUUUGAGUUUAAAAUUUAGAAAUAUAUUAUUAGGAAUUAAUAUCAUUUCAUGUGGCAUGUUAUACUAAGGAAAUUCCUUUCCUCUUUGUUCUUCCAUAUAGACAGUCAUAUUUAUCAUCCAAAAGAAUAUGUUUGUGACAUAUCUAAAAUCUCAAAAAUAUGAAAAUGUUAUCGAAUUUUUAAUAAAAUCUUACAAGUUGUAUUUAAAAAAUAAAAAAUUCCUGAUGGUAAAAUUUUUAUGCUUUAAUCAACUAGUAUUAACUUUUCUGUAGGUUUCUAAAGUUACCACCAUACAAAUCCUUCCACUGGAAGUGAAUUAAAAAAUUAGUUAUUGCUUUAAAAAAAUUUCACCAAAUGUUUAAAAUUUCAUAGAAUAUACCUAAAGUCCAUUUCCUUUAAACUACAUAAAUUUUAAGAUUCUGCUAUUUUUAUUUUCAGUGUUGUCAAUGUUAUCUUGAUAGAAAAUGAAACUGGAUCACUAUGUGAUGCCCUGACACAAAGAAUAAUUUGAACAUUAAUAAUUAAUAUGUCUUCAAAUUAUCAGGAUUUGUGACCUGUUCUGGUGAAAAUGACAUGUCACUUGGAAUGGGAAGAGAAAUUUGGCGCAUUUUGAUAAUCCAUAGUUGCAAAAUUUCAAAAUUCAGUCAACAAGAUGAUGAUUAUCAUGACUAAAUCUAUUUUUUUUUUUUUUUUGUGUGUGUGUGUGUGUGUAAACAUUAAUAAGCUGUUUAAGAAUAUAAUUAUUUCCUACAGAUGAACAUUUGUUCUGUCAUUAGUUGUCAAGAUCAACAUUAAUGUGCUAAUUUAAAGCUAAUGCUUCAUAAUAAAAACAAGAAAUUCCUGUUGUUUUAUAAAUCGUUUCAUACUUGUAUAAAUUUGGUAAACAACAAUUAGUUUAGCAUAAAUAUGCAUAUUAUGAAGUUAAAUGGAUUAUCGAGUCAAAAAUUUCUUUAUAUUGUUUUAUGAUUUAAAGUUUUGUACUAGAUGAGUGAUAUAUGUUGAAAAGUGAUUAUUAUGCACAUAUUAAAAAUUUUGCUUCAGUUUAUCUUUUUACAUAUUUGUAUUGCUUAGAAUUAUUACUGAUGUUAUAGAUUAUAUAAUUUAAUUUUUUGAUUCUUUAAAAUAUGCUAAGUCCAUAUUUUGUAUACAGCAAUUAGAUGCUGACAAACAACAGUAUGUUGAUGAAUGUAUUUACUUCCAGAUCUAGUACAAAAUUCCUAAAUAUUAUACAAUAUCAAUAAAUUUGCAAUUAUUUUUAUAUAAUUGUUUUCAAUUUUUUAAUCAAUAUGCUUGCUUAUGUGAUUUUCUAAUGAUUUUAUGCAUAAAAUGUUUUAAAAACAUUGUGAAAUCAUUUUUCAGUUCAUAAUUAUACAAAAGAGAAGAAAAAGUCUUCUUAGAUUUUUUUUAUGGUUAUUAAUAUGUUGUAGCUUUAGAAAAUGUUUUAUCCCCCAGAAAAUCAGUAGAUAUAAUGGGUAUUUCAAAAUGCGGAUUAUGAAAUCAUUUUGAAAUUAAAAUAUUUGAAGACUUGAUAUCAUAGAUGCAAAACUUAUCUAUUU